AUGGAGACGUUUGUGGUGAGGGGCCUGGGGAGGGGAAGGGAGGCGGUGGGGGUGUGGCGGGCGGGCUGUGCCCCCAACUGCCUGCUCUCCUCCUCACAGGGCGCCCCGGUGGUGGUCGCCGUGGCCGCUGUGGCUGCGACUGCGGUGCUGCUGCUGCUGCUGAGACGGGCGGGGCGGAGGGCGAGCGGCCCCGUCACGUUGCAGGACCCUCUGGCGAAAUACGCGCUGCGGCUGGUGGAGAAAGAGGAAAUCAGUCAUGAUACUAAGAAAUUCCGUUUUGAGCUACCUUCACCAGAUCAUGUAUUAGGAUUACCUGUAGGACAACAUGUUUAUCUUUCUGCAAAAAUUGAUGGUAAUCUUGUGAUUCGAGCCUAUACCCCAGUUUCCAGUGACGAGAUAAAAGGUUAUGUUGAUUUAAUUGUAAAGGUCUACCACAAAAAUGUGAAUCCCAAGUUUCCAGAAGGUGGGAAGAUGUCCCAGUACCUGGAUGAAAUGAAGAUUGGAGAUACUAUUGAUUUCAGAGGGCCAAAUGGACUCCUUGUCUAUAAGGGGGCAGGUGCCUUUCUUAUCAAGCCUCAUAAGAAGUCUGAAGCAGAGAAAAAGUUUGCAAAGCAUCUUGGGAUGAUAGCUGGAGGAACAGGAAUAACUCCUAUGUUGCAACUGAUCCGUCGUAUCACAAGUGAUCCUAAGGACUCCACAAAAUGUUACCUUCUUUUUGCCAAUCAGACAGAAAAAGAUAUAUUACUGAGAGCUGAGCUAGAAGACAUUGCUAAGAGGUAUCCUGAUCAGUUCACGCUCUGGUAUACACUGGACAGACCUCCACAAGAUUGGAAGUACAGUUCUGGCUUCAUCACGGCAGAUAUGAUUAAAACCUCCCUCCCUCCCCCUGGCAGCGAGACACUCAUUCUCAUGUGUGGGCCACCACCUAUGAUUCAGUUUGCAUGUCAGCCCAGCCUGGACAAACUCGGCUAUUCCAAGAGCAGUACCUUUUCAUAUUAAUGCCAAUGUUGUCUGAUACCUUUUCAUAAGUACUGCAUAUUUUCCUAUGGGAACAACUGGUAUGUAACUGUGUAGUAUUUCUUUUUUUGUGUCUGUUUUUAAACUGCUUAAUGUGGAUUUUAACUUCAUAAUUAUCUUUGUGUGUUUUAAUACUAAGAAGCUGAAAGAUCAUCUUGAAUUGUGUGGAAGUAACUUAGUCUAAGUUCUUAAGUUAGUAUGAAGUGUUAAUUCUGAGGAAAAUAAAUAAAUAUUAAUAGGACAAAGAUAAAAAACCACUUGUUUUUUAACAUGGGUAUGGAAUUUGGAGAGGGCUGUAAAAUUGGACUAUUUGACUGUGCUCUAUAGGUAAUUCAUUUAGCGCAUCCUGGAGAAGAAGAGUACAAACAGUCUUUUUACUACCUAGGAAGUCACAGUAUGCUAUUGAAAAGUGUCUGAACAGCAUUUGAGUGACAUGCAAAUUGCUUAUUACUGUAACAGAAGUUCUGAUUAGUGUGAAAUUUCUUCAGGAGGAUUACAUAACUUCAUGCUGUUUUCUAACAGUCUUAGCUAAACAAUCACUGCCAACUGUAUAUGGAAGCUUGGGGCUGCAUAUACAAACAACUAUGCAAUGAUUUGAAUGUCAAUGUCUAAGGGUAGUUCUUGCUCUUUUGGCAGCUUCAUAAAUGUCUUUUGCCUAAGAGAAAAUAUGGUUUCUACGUCCAGUUGUAAGCUAUGCUGAGUCAAUUUUAAGCUUAGCUAAUGCCUCAUCUCCUAACGUUUAACUCUUAGUCUUCAGUGCCUGAAAUACUGUGUGUUCAUGUCCAGGAAUUAGUUUAUACUACAUUUGUUCUAGGGUGUGACAAAUCUCUGAGGCAGAGGACUUGUUUCUUCAGGUGCUAAUGAAUACAUUUUGUAACUAUAUUUCUCCUUUUAAAGCAAACACAUUCUAGCUGAAAAUUGACACAGGAGUUUGGUAGUUCAUCAGUUACAUUUGUAGCAAUUAUGCAAAGAAAGACGGGGGAUUUGGAUUGUGAUUCUGGCCCCUGUGAGAGAUCAACCAGGUAUAUUUGUUAGAAUCAUUCCACAGCCAGUAAAAGAUGGAGCAACAUUCAACAUUUAUUCUUAACAGUCAAAAAAAUAAGCAUUUAUGCUUAUGUUAUGCUAAUUAGGAUUUCUUACUAUAUACAUUAAAAAGAAUCAAUAAUUUUGUAGUUUGAGAAUUCACAGCCAAGUUAGCGCAACACCACACUGUUAAAAAUACCUCAUCAAAAGAAAUCUGAAAAUCUGCUUAGAAUACCCCAGUGAUAUUAAGGCUGCUUCUGUUGGAGCAGCUUAUCCUAUUUGUAGUGCUGUAGUAAGUCCGUUGGCUAAUUAACCUGACAAAGCAUUUCAAAUGCCCGCAGUACAUGAUCUGGUCACUAAUUGAUCGCAUUGCCAAAUCAGAGAUGUACUCGACUGGAAUAUUCAGUACCUUUUAUUAAGGUACAUUUUUAGACUGGUGGGUAGACUGAAAUCUCAUUCCGUUGUAUUUUCUAUUGUCAUUUAAUUGUCUGAAAAAAAUUUGCCUCAGUUAUACCGUUUUGGACAAUAAAAUCAUGUGUUUAGCUUCCAAAACCUGACCAUACAGCACAGAGUCUGACAUAGAGUGAGGACUAGAGUAGAUCACCUUUAAAAAGCACCACUGAUGAAGCCUUGACUGCGGUGGCCUUCCAACCCAAACCAUUCUGUGAUACUUCUUGAAGAGCCCUUACUGCAGACUCUGGCCAGUACCUGAGAUUUCUUCUUUAUUUGAGAGGGUUGUGGCUGGGAGUGACCUGCCCUCUGGCUACAUUAACAGGUAAACCAACACCCUGCAGGGAAGAGCAACGCAAAGCAUCCAUUUAUAGACUAAGUCUUUUCUGUACAAUUAGGCAGAUUUAUUUUCUGGCAUUUCCCUGUUUACUAAUAGAUCCUGUUAAUACCUUAUUAAUACAUGAGAAACACGUAAACAGGUGCUACAUGUAAUUGCUGCUGCAAAGGAGAACAUAUCACCAUGAACAGCUCCUAAAGUAAAUAGUGAGAGGCCUAUUUCCCUCUGUUACAGCAUUGCAGUUCUGCCUGUCUUGGUAGAAUAGUAACAGAUCUAUUUUGUCUGUAUUUUAAAGAAACAAAAAUCUGUUUUAUUAUGGUACUUGCCUGAUGCUCCUUAGUCACAUUUUACACAUCACAGACCAGUAAUGUUUGUCUCCUAUUGGUAAAUAAAGUAUUCUAUGAAAAUCUAUCUGUAGCUGGAAUUAAGAGAAAACUGAAAGUGAACACCACUAUUGUUUACAUCACCAAUUCUCAUGCAAAUAUUACAAAAGUGUUUCUACUGUAGGCUCCAGUCCUCGGGGCUGUUUGCAGCUAUUUUUAAUUAGGUGUAACUAUGGAAAGAAAAUAGGCUUACCACCAUCGCUGUCUUCCUGAGACCCCAUGCUGUUUCAGGGGUGGGGCUCAGAAAGCUUUAUUUGAACUGUUCUGGUUGUUCAGAAGGCUUAUGAGCAUCCUGAUGCUUGCACAUGGUGUCAGUACUAGUCUUAAGACAAAAUGUCAGUGUACAGAAAGAGCCCAUCCGGUAGUUCUAGUUCAAGAACUGUUGUUUAAAACCAAACAAUGGAUCAUGCUGGAAAUGUUAUUGCACUUACCCUACAGAUUGCAGCAAACACCAUUCUUAAGUAAUGUAAAUGUAAUUGUGUUGUGACUGUUCCUUGAUUAUGAACAUCUUACUACAUGUACAAAAAAUCACGAUUAAAAAAAACCCCAUGUUAAAUGAA